AUGAAUACGGAUUUUAGCAAAUUGGAGUUGAAGCCAGAUCAUGUGAACAGACCUUUGUGGGCUUGUGGUGAUGGCAGGAUUUUCCUGGAAACUUUCUCUCCUCUAUACAAGCAGGCUUAUGACUUUCUUAUCGCCAUUGCUGAACCCGUCUGCAGGCCAGAGUCAAUGCACGAGUAUAAGUUAACACCACACUCUCUGUAUGCUGCUGUUUCCGUUGGUCUUGAGACAGAAACUAUAAUUUCUGUUUUGAAUAAGCUGUCUAAGACUAAGCUACCCAAUGAUAUGAUUGAUUUCAUCAAGGCUUCUACUGCCAACUACGGCAAAGUGCUGAAAAAGCUUGGCAAUGAUGGUGUUAUAAGCAAAGCUAGAUUUUAUUCUGAUCCAUAUGGUGGUGAUGGAUUCACGAUCGGCAAAACAAGUGGUGAACUUGAAGCAGGACCUGGGGAGCUGUUGAAUGCGGCAGAACUGGCAGCCGCAGCAGAAGAGAAAGAAACCCACUCAUUUGAGAUAGACCCUGCACAGGUGGAGAUUGUGAAGCAGCGUUGCUUGCCAAGCGAACUGAAUUACCCUAUGCUAGAGGAAUACGACUUCAGGAACGACAACGUUAAUCCUGAUCUUGACAUGGAACUGAAGCCCCAUGCGCAACCGAGGCCAUACCAGGAGAAAAGUUUGAGCAAAAUGUUUGGGAACGGACGGGCAAGAUCUGGGAUUAUAGUGUUGCCUUGUGGUGCUGGUAAAUCUCUAGUUGGUGUUUCAGCAGCAGCUCGUAUAAAAAAGAGUUGUCUUUGUUUGGCGACGAAUGCUGUCUCGGUGGAUCAGUGGGCCUUCCAGUUCAAGUUGUGGUCUACUACCAGAGAUGACCAAAUAUGCCGUUUCACUUCGGAUAGUAAAGAACGAUUCCGUGGAAAUGCUGGUGUUGUUGUUACAACCUAUAAUAUGAUUGCCUUUGCUGGUAAACGAUCUGAGGAAUCAGAGAAGAUCAUUGAAGAAAUGAGAAACAGGGAGUGGGGGUUGCUGCUCAUGGACGAGGUGCAUGUGGUUCCGGCCCAAAUGUUUAGGAAAGUUAUCAGCAUCACAAAAUCCCACUGCAAGCUAGGACUUACAGCCACUCUUGUGAGAGAAGACGAAAAGAUUACAGAUUUGAACUUCCUCAUUGGCCCGAAACUAUAUGAAGCCAAUUGGCUAGAUUUAGUUAAACGAGGCUUCAUUGCAAAUGUUCAGUGUGCUGAAGUAUGGUGUCCUAUGACCAAAGAGUUCUUUGCAGAAUAUUUGAAGAAAGAGAACUCCAAGAAAAAGCAGGCACUUUAUGUCAUGAACCCUAACAAGUUCAGAGCCUGUGAGUUUCUUAUACGUUUCCAUGAACAACAACGUGGGGAUAAAAUCAUUGUCUUCGCAGACAAUCUUUUUGCACUUACAGAGUAUGCUAUGAAACUCAGGAAACCGAUGAUUUAUGGUGCAACCAGCCAUAUCGAACGAACCAAAAUUCUAGAGGCGUUUAAGACCAGUAAACACGUGAACACAGUCUUCUUGUCAAAGGUUGGUGAUAACUCCAUAGAUAUUCCUGAAGCUAAUGUGAUUAUCCAGAUUUCGUCACAUGCUGGUUCUAGACGUCAAGAGGCUCAGCGUUUGGGUCGUAUUCUUAGGGCCAAGGGUAAAAUUGAAGAUAGAAGGGCUGGUGGAAAAGAAGAGUACAAUGCAUUCUUCUACUCACUUGUUUCUACAGAUACGCAGGAAAUGUAUUAUUCAACGAAAAGACAGCAGUUCUUGAUCGACCAAGGUUAUAGCUUUAAAGUUAUAACAAGCCUUCCACCACCUGAUUCUGGUUCAAGCUUAAGCUACCACAGUCAAGAAGAACAGUUAUCCCUUCUCGCAAAGGUGUUGAACGCUGGAGACGAUUUGGUUGGUUUAGAGCAAUUGGAAGAAGACAUAGACGGAAAGGCCUUGCAAGCGGCGAGACGAAGCAAGGGAGUGAUGAGUGUAAUGUCAGGUGUAAAAGGAUUUGUGUACCAGGAACUCAACUCGGGCCGUCAAAAAUCUUCUUCUCAACAAUUCAAAAAACCUAAAGACCCUACAAAACGAAACCACCUCUUCAAGACAAGUUACGCUUCAAGUAAAACACGCACGUAA